AUGAAGGGGUUCGCUGCCUUCUUCAUCUGGACUCUGAUUUCUUCUGAGGAUUGUGGCAGCCAAGCCUGGCCCACCCACACAGUCUGCAAGGACGGGGGCUUGGAAGUGCUCUACCAAAGUUGUGAUCCAUUACAAGAUUUUGGCUUUUCUGUUGACCAGUGUUCCAGACAUUUAAAAUCAAAUCUCAAUAUUAGAUUUGGAAUCAUUCUGAGAGAGGACAUCAAAGAGUUGUUUCUCGACCUAAGUCUCUUCAGUGAAGGCCUGUCCAUUUUGAGUUACUCCUAUCCCAUAUGUGAAGAGGAUCUACCCAAGUUUUCUUUCUGUGGAAGAAAGAAAGGGGAACAGAUUUAUUAUGCUGGCCCUGUCAAUAAUCCUGGAUUUGAUAUUCCCAAGGGAGAAUACCAGGUUUUGCUGAAACUGUAUAAUAAAAACCAUCCCAUGGUGGCUUGUGCCAAUGCUACCGUCAUUUGUUCCUGAGCAGCUCAAAAGCACAGCGAUCUGUCUUGUGAGAACUGCAAGCUCCUCAGCCUGAACCUACUGUGUAAGAAGAACCAGUCGACUACAAAAAGAGCCUCCACAAGGAGCUUGCUGAAGGUGCCAAUGCUGACUUCAUCCCCAGCACUGGGGGCCCCAGGCUCCGCAUGUGUAGCGAAGCACCUGAAAUUACCUGCUUCUAAGGAGGCUUCUAGUAUUCACUGAGCAAUCUUGAGGGUCCAUCCUUCUUCUCUAAGUGGUCACCUCACACCAAACGCCCUGCUUCUCAGCUCCUUAGGAGCACUUCCUCAUUU